CUCGUUCAAUUAACAGCUCCAACAGGCGCCCAGUUGAAAGGAUAACUCAGCCUUUGGAUAUCCACAUCCCUUCAGUGCAUCCAACAAAGAUGAAGAACUUCGCUCUGUGUCUGCUGGCCAUCGCGCUGCUGAGCUGCUGCCAAGCUGCUCCCCAGAAGGCGGAUGAGCCGAUAGCCAUCAUCAGUCAGGAGUCCAACAUUGAGCCGGAUGGAUCCUAUAAUUAUGCCUACGAGACGGCCAACGGCAUCAAGGCCGAGGAGACGGGAACCCUGAAGAAAGCCAGCUCGCCGGACAGCAGUGAUGUGAUCAUUGCCCGUGGAUCAUUCACCUACACCUCGCCCGAGGGCAACCUAAUCACACUGAACUACUCUGCCGAUGAUGAGAAUGGCUUCCAGCCGCAGGGUGAUCAUCUGCCCACACCGCCACCAAUCCCACCAGCGAUCCAGAAGGCGCUCGACUAUCUGCUCAGCCUGCCCCCAGCCAAGCGUCGUUAAGGAUGAGGUAGCUUGAGGUAGCCCCGACUUGUACCUGGACCAACACUCGAUUCUGACCCCCGAUUCUGAUGAAGAUGCUGCGCUGCUGCUGCUGCAGAUCCCCCAGCCCUGAUCCCGAUCCCUAGACAAUCACACAUAAGACACAAGCCACGGGCCGGAGGAGGAGGCUCCUCGGCCAAAUCCACUGACUGAAGAACACAAAACUCAAACGGAUUUGAGGGACAACAUAACACAAUACACUUCUAUGCUAUAUACGUCUGCUUUCUUGCUUUCUUCCACACGAAUUUCUUCAGAUCUUUUAGUCGCCGGAACUUUGCCAUUUUCGGACUCAUGUGAUAUCGUCGAUUUAUCAAUGAAAUGAACAAAGAAAAUGUUAAAAAAAAAUAAUAACUAACAAACAAGAAAUUACUUAAAUAAUAUACAGGAAUAUUAUCCACAGCAAA